GGGGACUGUGGCACGAAAUUACCAGUCGAAGCCACCGCCCUGCCUACUCCUCUCUGGUAUCUCUCUCUCUUUCUCUCGUUUCUCUUAUUCAGUCACACCGAUUGACGGCAGAAGGGCUGUUCCGAUUACCACCCGUGAUCUUCACACCGAUUGACCUAGUCGAUUUCGAAGAAGAUGAUGAAAUUCUCUCUGCAAUCCAAAAAGCCCUCUUCUUCUGUAAAACCUAAACCCAUUAUCAAACCCUCCGAAGAUUCCAAGCAAGUUCAAUUCAUUACCGAAUUCGACGCCUCUUCCAAAACCACCCAACCCAAAAGACCCAUUCCAGUAAUCGCUCCCAUCGAGAACGAAUGGAGACCUCACAAACGCAUGAAGAAUCUCGAACUCCCGAUCUCCUCUUCCGCCGCCGCCGCCGCGCAGCCACUCUCCUUCGAGGCCGCGGCACCUGACACCCUCGAUGACAAGACUGCCAUAUCCUACGGCCUCACUAUCCGCAACAACAAAACCCCAAAAUCCGAAUCCAAUGGCGGCGGCGUCCACGAACAAGAACUGCCGCCUCCGCCUCCGCCUCCGCCUCGCUCGGGUGUGGAGAACAUGAUGCUACAGAAGCUGAGGGAUGAUUUGCAGAGGUUACCUGAAGAUAAUGGUUUUCAAGAGUUUGAUGAUACGCCGGUUGAGGGUUUCGGCAAGGCUUUGCUCGCCGGAUACGGAUGGAAAGAAGGGAGAGGGAUUGGGAAGAACGCUAAAGAGGAUGUUGAAAUUGUUGUACAGAAGAGACACACUGGGAAGCACGGGUUAGGGUUUGUCGAGAAGGUGGACGAGCCAUUUAGGUUUUCUGUUGGGAAAAUUGUUAGAGUAAUUGCAGGGAGAGAUGUGGGUUUGAAGGGUCGAAUCGUUAAGGUCUUGGAGAGUAAGUCUGAGGUUGUUUUGGAGCUCUCUAAGAGUGAAGAGAAAGUGCAAGUUCGACUCGAACAUCUUGCUGAAUUGGGGUCUAAAGAAGAGGAGAUUUGCUUGAAAAAAUUGAGAGAAGCAGCAUCAAAUUCGAAAAAGAGGAAGAUGGAGACAACCACAACGACAACGACAAAGACCGCUAGCAUUAAGGCUUCUUGGCUUAAGAGUCACAUUCGGGUUAGGAUAAUUAGCAAGGAUUUGAAAGGGGGAAGAUUGUACUUGAAGAAAGGGGAGGUUGUGGAUGUAGUUGGACCGAGAAUGUGUGAUGUAUCGAUGGAUGAGAGUAGGGAGUUAAUCCAAGGUGUGUCACAAGACUUUCUUGAGACUGCACUGCCUCGCCGUGGGGGACCUGUUUUGGUUUUGUAUGGUAAGCAUGAGGGUGUGUUUGGAAGUCUUGUUAGCAAGGAUUUGGAACAAGAAACUGCUGUGGUUCAGGAUGGCAAUAACCAUGACUAUGUAAAUGUGCGGCUUGAUCAAAUUGCUGAGUAUAUCGGGGAUCCCACCUACCUCGGAUAUUGAUAUGUUAUUAGUUCAAACAAUUUUCGUUAUCAAAAUCCUAUUCCUGUUGAAGGGAAAUCCAAGGAUGAAGCGAUGAUUGAUUAUAUCACCAAGGUUAAACAGUUGCUGGAAGAAGCUGCCGCAUCUGCUUGAUAUCUUGUUGAUGUCUGUGUUCAAAUGUUUAAAUUGAAUGGAAAAUAAUGUUCUGUAGUUUUCAAACUGGUAAUGAGUUAUUUCUGAAUGGUGUGAAUGAAUCAGGUUUAUCAGGUACUUCUACUAGAUGUGGUUAUGGCAAUUGUACUCGUACUAAGUAUGUUUCUUUUGAUUAUAAAUUAUGUCUAGUCAAAUCCUUGAAACCCA